CAACAACUUGGUAUCUACCCCACCACCAUAUUGCUACCUGAUUUGACGCGCCCUACUAUCUCGUCGACCUUAUACCUCGGUAUCAAAUUGUCAACACCAUGGACGAGCCAACACCUAAACGCCGAAGGACCAAUUCACCAGACGAGAGAGCACCAAAUUCACUGAGGAAGCCACCAAGACGACCUUCGUUUGCGUCGCCGACUAAAUCCAGUCUGGCGCGCAAUUACCCAAAUCUAUUGCCAUCACGGCCUGCUUCUGGCCGGGACGGAUUGCAAGAGACACAGACGGAUGCGCCUGAAGAGGAGGAUACAGAGCUACCAUCGGCACAGCCACGAAAUGAGCAGGAUGUGCCUCGUCGCGGCAUACUCUUUUCUUCGCCGAGCAGGAAGCCACCCCGGAUAAAGGGUGUGGCUAAAGAAUUGCCUCCAAUACCAAAAGCACCGCCAGUCGAAAGCUCGUACCUUGGAGGUACUUCGGAGAAUAACGACGUCGUCGAUGCGACGCAACAAGACAUACAGCCUCUGGAUCCAGAAAUCGAGAAGAGAAAACAGGAGAAGGCGCGACUUCAGCGCGAAAUGGAAGAUCUGGAAGCCCAGGUGUCGAGAUGCACAGAGGAGAUUGUGAAAGAGCAGCAACGAACCCCAGAACAGCAGUUUCGACAUGCUGAGCGGACUGACCUGAUCGAUUUUAUUGGAAAGAUAUAUGGCACAGAUGCAGAGGAGAAGCAACCUCCGCUGAUAUCAAGCCUUCUCUGCUCAUUCCUGCCAUUCUCAGGCUUAGCUGUAUUGCCACCCCGACGAAAACAACCUGACAGCCCCAUCCCCUCCCAUCGACCUAUCGAACUCGCAGACCCCUUGCCUUACCUCGAGAUGUUCACCUCUUUCAAAUUCUCUACCCAACUCAGCCUACCACGCGGGAAAGUCUUUCCUUCAUCGAACCGCGUCCAUCAAAAGCACACAAUCGAUAUUGUCGGGCCCCAGAAACUCCUCACAGUACAGCUCUCAAUCAUCAUCGACGCAAUGGCGAACGAGAUCAUCGACAUGCAAAUCCUACAUCUAUCUUCGUGGGCUGAGCGCGAACUCGGCACGUUCUUGCGCCAGAAAGCGAAAGAGAAGGACCUCGGCAACGCAUGCUGGGCAAUUGAUUCGUACUGGGAAAUCGCGACGAAACGCGCACAAUACUGGCAUAAGUGCGAGGCAUCGUUUUCACACCUGAUUGCUGGGCAUACAGAUGAGGAUACGGAGAAUACACGCCCUCAAGUAAAGGCGAACCAGACCAUUUCACGCAAAGAUCUGAACCGCCAUCUAGGGCGAGACACGCUCGUCUUGCAAGACAAACAUGUGCUCUUGAAGAUCAACUGGCGUAUCAGUUUUGACUGGACAGGCGAGGCGGAGUCGGAAGUCAGCGUCGAGCCGGCUUUUCCUCGAGUCUGGUCUGAGGGCGAUGCCGCGAAUGCCUUCAAGAAGAUUCCCGAGACAUUUAUAUCACUUCUGCAAACUAGAGGUGCAUAUGAAGCCACUAGAGUGAUGACUGCGUUGCUGUUCCCCCAGUAGAGGAUGGGCUACUGUUUGUUGUUUGCGUAUAGCGUGCUUUCAAGAUACCAUUAUAAAUCGCGAAGUUUUCGCGUUCUGGAAACGCAAUGUCAAAUUAUUUGUCCAGUCAAUCAGUAUGGGCAUGAGAUGUAAAGAGUCUAUAAGACCUUAUAGCUCCCAGCAACCAUUACUGC